AUGAACAACCAACCACCACCACAUCAGAUUUGCGUUCGUAAAUUUCUCAGACCGGAUGCCACUCCAUUGACACCUGAAGCUAUCGAAGAAAUCAGAAACGCACCGGAAAAUAUUCCGAAUGCAUGUCGUGUGAUGUGUAAAAAGUACCAUAUAGGUACGAAGCGAUAUAACGAUAUAAUUAAAAAUCGAAUGCCUUCUGAACCGACUGAAGGAUGGCGUCGUAUCAUUGAAGAAGCGGAGCUUCGAGGCUCAGUUAAUAAGGCUUGUGUACCAUGGCCCUCUUUAAGGCGUGUAUAUAUUUGCUCUGCAAAGCCACUUACACAAACUCCUGAUAAUGCUGAAACUUUUACCAAGUUAGACACGAGCUCAGAAACUUUGUUUCACAAUGCUGUGGUACCACUCCUGAAGGGGCAAGUCUCUGACUCAUAUGAAAGAACUAAUAUGGACUCAAUGGUACCACCGCUUAUUCCAUUUUUAAACACAACAAAAAAUAAACGCUUUGCACAAUGA